GUUGCUGCCGUUCCGUGCGCCCUGCCUCUCCCCGCCGCCGGCUGGAGGGAGGGCAGCCCUCGCUCACCCACGCUGCUGGCGGCCCCGGGCGCGUGGAGCGGCCCUCCCCCUCUUGGCCUGUUUUCGCCGGGCGGCCCCCAUGCCGUGCACGCCCAGCGUGUGGGACUAGAGACGCGUUCGGGUGCGGGCAGUGCUUGUAAAGUGCAGACGCCUCUGUGUGCGCAGGUGCCUUCACUUGAUGAAAUUGUCUGACCCUCUCAUACCUUUGAUCUUCUUAGUGGACAGUCUAUUCAGCCAUGUCGAACACUACAGGCAUUGAUGGGGAUCCAACCCAGCUAGCUCAACAUAUAACUUCUAACAUCCGGAAGAUCACCCAGUGCACUGUAGAAAUACAAAGAAUACUGCAUCAACUUGGAACACCACAAGACACGCCUGAAUUGCGGCAACAGCUGCAGCAGAAGCAACAGCAUGCAAACCAGCUUGCCAAAGAAACUGACAAGAACAUUAAAGAGUUUGGGUCUCUGCCUGCGACAAGUGAACAGCGUCAAAGAAAAAUACAGAAAGAUCGUCUUGUGGGGGAGUUCAGUACUGCACUAGCCAACUUCCAGAGGGUCCAAAGGCAAGCUGCUGAGAAAGAAAAAGAUCUUGUAGCCAGAGUAAGAGCCAGCUCUAGGGUAUCUGCUGGUCCUUCAGAAGAUGGUUACAAAGAAGGAACACUUGUCUCUUGGGACAGUCAACCUCAAGCACAAGUGCAAGAUGAAGACAUUACAGAAGAUGAUCUCCGUCUUAUUGAGGAGAGAGAGUCCUCCAUCAGGCAGCUUGAGGCAGAUAUUAUGGACAUCAAUGAAAUAUUUAAAGAUUUAGGAAUGAUGAUUCAUGAACAGGGUGAUGUGAUAGACAGCAUAGAAGCCAAUGUAGAAAAUGCUGAGGUACAUGUCCAGCAGGGAAACCAGCAGCUGUCAAGAGCAGCAGACUACCAGCGCAAGUCCCGAAAGAAAAUGUGCAUCAUCAUUCUUGUGCUUGUCAUUGGAGCAGUGGUUCUUGGACUCAUCAUAUGGGCAUCUACAAGAUAAGACUGUGGAAAGAGCAUUAUUUAAAUUAUACAAGAAAACUCCUACAAUCACUUUUGUCUGCUUCUGAAGCUGUUCAGUAAAUGAUGGUUCUGUACUUUAUCACUGUUGCUUUUUUUAAAACCUGAGAAAUGACUGUUAGUACCACUAGUUGGUGUAACUUCCUUCCAUUCUUGGAUUUGAGAAUGUUGUCUUGCCAGUAUAGCCAAUCAGUCAACUUUAUAAACUUAGUUUUCAUGGUAAAGUUACUAAAUAAACACCUCUAAAUAUUUUGGGCUAAUCAAAAUUUUUGAUAAAGUGAGGCAUAAUCUGCUUUGAUAUUUUAGUGUUGCCAAAUGAAAACAGACUUUCCUGAACUUAUUCUAAUUGGGACAACACACUUAUGGUCACAAAUUAUCUUUAAGCUGGUGAAUAGGUCUUCCCACUCACUGUCUCCUAUGCAUUAUUCAAGAUUACAACAUAAAAGAUCACGUUGAUGCAAGAAAGCUAUCCUUCACUAUUGAAGCCUUUGGAUUAGGUGUUCAGUUUCUGUUUGACUAGGAAAUCUUUCAUAGAUUUCAUUUGUCUUUAUCUGGCAGUAGGUAUCAGUGUGCCAAGCAAAGCCUAUUUUAUAGGUAGAAUGGAUGGCAAUAAAUUAUUAAGAUAGGCUUUUUGAUUAAGCUCUUAAAUUUAGAAAUGAGACUUUGGGCCAUAUUUUUCAUUGGUAUUCAUGCACCUAAUUUAUGUAUACAAAUCUUGUACUUUCAUGCCUAAAAUAAGUGUUGAAAAUGAUUAUGCACAAUGGAACAUGUUUGACUGAACGUCUGGGUCUAAUUUUAGUUGUGGACUCUUAAGUAUGAUAUUGGGAAUAGUGAACAUUUGUAGUUUCCUAAUUGCACUUGAACUCCCAGUGAUCUGAACCUGCUGUUGUGGUACAAAUACUUUGAACAGUACCGACCGCAGUUUGU